AUGAAUACUAGUACAGGCUCAGGUCUACAUCCUAUUGAAUUGACAGCUCAUACUUUAUUAAAUGGAAGUUUUGAAAAUUUAAAUGAAAAUUUUAAUAUGUUGAAUCAAUCUCAAGUUAUAUUGUUGACAAGGCUAAAAAUUAUUGAAUCAAAAUUGAAUAACUUUAAAGAGUUGAUAGGUAAUAAUUAUAUAAAUGAGAAAAAAUUAACUGAAAAGUUUAAAAAAAUCAAAUCAUUAAGGAAGAGGUUGGAAUUUGUAUUGUUGAAAUUGGAUAAAAUAGAUAAACGAGUGGCCAAAUUGGAAGAAGGAAUGGAUUAA